AGCAAACACGCCUAUAAACUAGUCCACGUGGACUGUUUGUUUCCUGUCAUAUUUUAGUUUGCUUGAACCAAUUGUGUUGCACCAAACGGUUAUUACACUUGUUGAAAUAAAUUUUCAAACUUCCAUCUUUCUCUAGAUCAUCUGUUUCGUAGUUGUGUGACAAAUCGUUUGUCGUAGAUAGAAAAUAGUAAGAUUACAGUGACCCUAAGAUUUUGUGCAAACAGCCUUAAAUACACCCCUGUGUGAUAUGACGCGUGCCGUAGUGACAGAACUUGCAAGCCGUCGUCGGUUUCGUUUGAGCCGGUUUUAUUUUAUUUUUAUUCGCAAAUCUCGACUCUAUGGACGGCUACAAUAUCUAUGCAGGCUACUAUACAACAUAACUAUACCAAUUAUUACUGACAGCUUAAAAAUACUUAGAAAACUACACUGGAUUGAAAAUUUAAGUUUUGUAUCAGUGAAGAAAUUAUGGAUAUCAUCCAGGAUCUUCUACUCUAUGGGGAUACCGACAGUAUCAGCGACUAUUUCUUCUACAAAUCCCUGGAGAAAGUUUUAGCAGAGAAAAGGCAACUAUAUACGCGUGUUCCUUUUGAUAUUCACAAGGUAGAAAUCGGUAAUUUUAAAUACCUUUGCCGGUUUGACAAGGAAGAUAUUGUAAAACUGCACAGAGCUCUACAACUGCCACAUCGAUUCGAAACUGAAGACAGACAUAUCAUUGGGGGAGUGGAAGGUUUGUGCCUUUUGCUUCGGAGAUUUGCCUACCCAAAUAGGUUGAAAGAACUGCAAAAUGAAUUUGGUUUGCAAUACUCGAGUCUCAGUAAACUAGUGAAAUUGAUUUGUCAUUUUGUUUAUAUGAGGUGGAGCAAAUUGCUGCUGAACUUUGAAGAAAAUAAGUGGCUGACGACUGAUUUUUUGAAAGAACUGGCACUGCUGGUGCACGAGAAAGGUGCUCCGCUAACAAAUUGUAUUGGAUUCAUAGAUGGAACAGCUCGAUCCACCUGCCGACCAACUAGAAUGCAGAAGGAGCUAUAUAGUGGCCACAAAAGAGUGCACUGCCUCAAGUUUCAAGCUAUAACUUUACCCAAUGGUUUAAUAUUACAUUUAAGCCAGCCAUAUCCUGGCAGACGUCAUGAUUCCUUCAUUUUAAAAGACACACAUAUACUGCAACAAUUAAGAUUGUAUUGUCCAACAUUUUGCCUCUAUGGUGACGAAGGCUAUCCAUUAAAAUCCCAGUUGAUAAGACCAUACUCGAAUACCAGAUUAACUGAGCAGCAGCAGCUGUUUAAUAAGAAAAUGUCAAGAGUAAGACAAUGUGUGGAAUGGAGCUUCGGUAAAAUUGUGCAAUAAUUCGCCUUCGUCGAUUUUAAAAAAAAUCAGAAGCUUCUGCUGCAGCCUGUGGGCAAAUAUUAUUUCGUAGCAACUUUGUUAACCAACGCCCAUUCCUGCAUUUACGGUAGCUUAACUUCAAAAUACUUUAAUAUUGACACUCCUGAUUUGUUUGAGUAUUUUCAAUGAACUCUAUAUUACU